AUGGCGGAGCAAGAAAAUAUUUCAGAAUUGGAAAAUGUUGUUAAUCCUGAUCCAUCGAUGCGUGAAGACUCAAUGGAAGGUAGGAUGGACCUUGUUCAGGCCGUAGUGGCCGAUCAAGGUUUUAUUGCGAAACUUUCUUCAGCGAUUAUGGCACAAAUGGCUCCGCAAUUGUUAAAGCAAAACUCUGCAGUGCUUCAAGGCCAAGCAGAUGUUCAAAAUCCCGGAGUAUCUCAAGAUCAAAUGGGUACACAUAAUCGGACUCUUCCCGGAGUAUCAUACGACCAAACGGGUUCAAAAGAGCAAUCAAAUCCCACCGUAUCAUACGAUAGGUCGGGUACAGCUACUAAGCGAGGGCGUACGCCUGUAAUACGGCUAGAUGACGAUGACCAUGUUGGCGCUAGGCGAGUUUGAAGCUCAGACGAUGUCAAUUUUGACGCUGAUGUUAAUUAUGAGUUGGAGGAGUUAGAAAUAGAGAACAUUCUCUCUCCAAACUCUCCAUGGCAAGCUAGUGCGACUUUAUUGCAGUUUCUCGAAACAGCUGUAAAACGGUUAAAUAAAUUUGAGAGAAAUAUUUUGGUCAAAACUUACCCAAGACCAAACGUGGACGCUGUGUACACGCCAGCGAUGGAUGAAUAUUUAAAACCUUUCAUCCACGGAGUAGCAACACCUGAUAAACCGCAUAAAGAUUUACAGGCUAGUGUUCUAGAUGUAUUUGGUCCUCGGUGUACAGCAUAUGAAAAUUUGUUAUCCGUGGAAAGCACCAUGACAUCUGAUGGGGUGGUUGAACUGGAUGCUACUGGUGUUCGUAGCUUCCAGGAGUGUCUCAAACAUUCAUUGCUGUUAACUGGAGAUGCAGUUGCUCGAAUUUCCACAAAUCGUCGGGAACUUGUAUUGAAAAAAAUAAACCCCCUAAUGGUGUCGUUAGCUCAAGAAGAGUUCUCUGAUACAAAUCGGAAUUUGUUUGGAUCAGGUUUUGAGCAACGGCUCAAAACAAGAUCUGAGACUGCAGAGACUAUCGGGAAAGCAUCUCGAGCAGGGAACCCCUUUUUUCGUGGGACGGCCUCCAGGAGAUUCCACAGACCUCGUGGGGGCCGACAAGGAUUCAACUUCAAGACCUUUCGCCCAUUCAGUCCCAGAGGGACCAUGUUCAACAGGGGGAACAGAAACCGAGGCCGUGGCUCAUUUCCAAGAUUUACAAAUCCCCAGACUUACACGUCGUUCCACCAAUAA